AGUGCAUCUUCAAGCAGGAAAUCUGAGAUUCAGAACAACUUAUAUUUUGGCUGGUAAUCGUUGAUCAUGGGGUGAUCCAGAAAUAAACUACAGGCUUCAAAGUGAGUGCAUUUCAAAGCUGCCCUGCAGUAGAUCAGCGCACCCAAGGAAAGGCAAGAGAUGAAUAUUAACAGGGAUUUUCUGUACUGAGACUUACCCAAGGAGAGAAGUCUUUGCAGCAUUAUUGUUUUGUUUCAGAAACCAUCAGGCAAGCAGAAGAUGGCUACAAAGAUUACGGCCACAACAAACACCCAAAGAAAAACAAUAGGUCACGAGGAGUACAGUCUGUACAGUAGCAUGAGUGAAGACGAGCUUAUUCAACUGGCCAUAGAACAGAGCCUGACAGAGGAUCCCUCAGGUCAGUCAGCUGCCCAGAGUCAUCAGAAAUCAGUCAUGACAGCCCCAGGAGAGCCACCUACGUUGACGCGUCCUUGCUCUCAUAAUCCACCACACCAGAUUAAUGCUUGGCACAGGUUGGCAGCCCAGUCCGGAGGCCAAGCUCCGGGGUCAUCUUGGGGGGUCAGACGAAGGUACGACGGCAGCCUGUUCAUCACCCCCCAGCCUGUAGAGCUGGAUCCUGUAGUGGAAGCAAUCAAGGAAGGAGAUGAAAAUGCCCUGCUCAAUAUGAUGAAAUCAGGGAAGAACCUUUCCGAACCUAACAAGGAUGGAUGGCUACCACUGCACGAAGCUGCCUACUAUGGCCAAGCAGGCUGCCUGAAAGUGUUGCAAAGAGCAUACCCCGGAACCACGGAUCAGCGUACGCUUCAGGAAGAGACAGCGCUGUACAUAGCAACAAGCAGGGGAAACCUGGACUGUCUACUGUCUUUGCUGCAAGCCGGGGCUGAACCUGAUAUUACAAACAAGUCCAGGGAGACUCCACUCUAUAAAGCCUGUGAACGCAAAAACAUCGAAGCUGUGAGGAUGCUGGUGCAGUACAAUGCCGAUGCAAACCACCGGUGCAACCGGGGAUGGACUGCUCUCCAUGAGGCCGUCUCUCGGAAUGACAUAGAAAUAAUUGAUAUCCUGAUCAAAGGGGGAGCCAAGAUUGAAAGCAAGAACACCUAUGGGAUCACCUCUUUAUUUGUGGCUGCCGAGGGUGGGCAGUUAGAUGCUUUGCGAUACCUUGCCAAGUGUGGUGCUGAUAUCAACACCCAAGCCAGCGAUAGUGCCUCUGCUCUUUAUGAAGCCUGUAAAAAUGGACAUGAAAAGGUGGUGGAGUUUCUCUUGUCCCAAGGUGCAGAUGCUAACAAAACCAAUAAGGAUGGUUUAUUACCUCUUCAUAUAGCAUCCAAAAAAGGCAAUUAUGAGAUAGUCAAAAUGCUGCUCCCCGUGACCAGCCGCACUCGGGUCAAGCGCAGCGGCAUCAGCCCGCUCCAUCUUGCGGCUGAGCGCAACAACGACGACAUCUUGGAAGAGCUAAUUGAGGCCGGCUAUGAUGUGAACACCACCCUCUCCUUUGAGAGAGCCCGGCUCUACGAGGACAGGCGCAGCACCGUCCUCUACUUCGCCGUCAUUAACAAUAACAUCUACGCCACAGAGCUGCUGCUGAAAGCCGGCGCCAACCCCAACAUCGAUCUUAUCAACCCCCUGCUAAUCUCCAUUCGCCACGGUUGCCUGAAAACCAUGAAGCUGCUUCUAGACCACGGGGCGAAUAUUGAUGCGUACAUUUCUAGCCAUCCCACUACUUUCCCGGCCACCAUCAUGUUUUCAAUGAAGUACCUCAGUCUGCUCAAAUUUCUAAUGGAUCUGGGCUGUGACGCCGACUCCUGUUUUAAGUGUCAGUAUGGAAAUGGCCCACAUCCUGUGCUGGAACAUAGAAGGAACAGAUUGGAUGAUACCCCGGUGAACAAACAGCCAAACAUAGUACAGUUUUGUGAUAUGGUGUCUGCUCCGGAGAUGAAUCGCUGGGCCGGGCCUAUUAUCGAUGUUCUCCUGGAUUAUGUGGGCAACGUGCAGCUCUGUGCCCGGCUAAAGGAGCACAUAGACAGCUACGAGGACUGGGCAGUCGUUAAAGAGAAAGCAGAACCCCCCAGGCCUCUCGCUCACCUUUGCCGGAUCAAGGUUCGAAAUGUGAUUGGGAGAAACCGCAUUAAACUGAUUGACACUUUGCCUUUGCCGGGCAGACUGAUUCGAUACCUGCAGUAUGAUUAUUCACAGUGACCUCGUGCAAACCUGGUGAUCAGCAGCUUCCUUGUGCAACAACCCAAUUCAUUAGAGAGAAGAGUAUUCACAUGAUCAUGUUGAACGGACUGCAUGAUGGGAAGGAACCUGUGUCACAUGUCACACAGGAUCACCCCCUAGCUAAUCUGUGUGCAUUACAAUGCUGGAAAGGGAGAGAGAAGAAACGGAGAGUGAAAGACACAGAGUGACAGAGACAAGGACAGACGAUCCUUUGAUUUUUUUUCCCAAAAGAAAACAAGAGCUUUGGAAUGUUACACACCUCAGAGAUCCGUAGGGAAGGGGACAGGAAAGCCAGCACUGAAAAACUAGCAGAGUCAAAGCCCCAUGACAUUGUGGGAUUCAAAAAAGACCUGAGGGUCUUUCAGAGGUUAAAGUUCUUCAGUGCUCAGGAGUCAGUAAUUGUCAAGAAUCUGCAUAUCUGGGGAAACAAUCACGUUUCCCUGAGUGUUAUUUUGUUUUCUGUCAUGUUAGACUGAGCCGUUUGCUGGUUGCUAAUUCUCUGGUACCUUGACAUUAUCUCUCUCGCCUAUUUAUUUUGUUUCUUUGGCCUUUUCCCUUGAUUUCCAACUGUUCAAAACUCAGAGCUUUUGAGAAGAUUUUUUCUCCCCAACAAAGACAUUUUGUAAAUAUUGGUUCAAACCAAGAAGACUUGACUCAUCCUAAACUCCUGUUAAAGUCAGUGGACAUUUUAUUUGAGUAAAAAUACCAGGACUGAAGGAUUUAGCUCACAGUAAAUACUGUUUGUGGUAUAUUAAAUGUGCAUAAGAAGUAGGGUUCUGGUAUAAGUGAAUUUCUGCAGUAAAGAUCCAAAAGCAAUUCUGAAUUACUUUUAACUGGUGUAAAUCCGAAAUAGCACCACAGAAGUCAAUGGAUUGUCUCCACCAUAAAAUUGCUAUGAGAGCAGAAUCAGACCCUGAAGUUCAGGUGACAGAUUUUAGUGAAGCCAAGACACUGAGCUAUUGUUACUUGUAGAAGAGUGAGAUUAUUUCAAAAUUAUAAACACUGGCACUAAGAUUUUCAAAAAUUAGGCUCCUAUGUCCUUAUUUAUGCAUUUAAAUAGUGCCAGAUUAUGAUACACUUACACUGAACCAGGGCCGGCUCCAGGCACCAGCGCAGCAAGCAGGUGCUUGGGGCGGCCAAUAGAAAGAGGCGGCAUGUGUUCGGGUCUUCGGCGGCAAUUCUGAAGUGCCGCCGAUCGCGGCUUCUUUUUUUUUUUUUUUCGCCGCUUGGGGUGACAAAAACGCUGGAGCCGGCCCUGCACUGAACAUUUACUUAUGCCACAAGUAAGUUCACUGAAGUCAGUGAGGGGACUUGUGCAGUAAGGUGCUACUCAAGGAAAAUUACAGUAUCAUAAUUUGGCCCUAAGUGGCCUGAAUUGCAAAAAUGCUGAGUACCCGGAAGCUCCCACUGACAUCAAUGGAAGCUGCUAGAUUUCAGCCCCUUUGAAAAUCAAAUAAUUUAUUUGGCACCCAAAUAAGGAUUUACAUUAGACCCCUAUCUUUGCAAAUCUUGGCCUAGAAAUAUACAGGCUCUUUGCCCUCUAAUUGUAAACACAAAAGGAGUUUUGGGCUCCAGUCUGAUUUGGAUUCAUACCAGAGAUUAUCUGCACGUCCAACCAUACAUACAUUAGGUAUGGUUUUGUGUGUUGACCUGCCCACCAGCUACUGAUUCAGACAGAAAUCUAAGCAAAGCAGGGGAAAUACAGUUAUUUGUGACACACAGGUUUCUUCUUAGAGACUUGUACACCUUACCACAAAACUAUAAGUGUAUUGCACACAUGCAUGUCUGUUUUUGCCCAAAGUUUGGGGUGAAAUUCCACAAGCGCUGCAAGGUGUGGGAUGUAAGCAACAGUAGCAACAACUGCAGCUAAUUGCACCGCUGUGUGUUGACUGUCCCCUUCCAAAAUGCAAUGGCAGUUGAGAAACCAACGCCGUUUCAAUUCAGAUUGAGCUGUGAUCCUCUAGCAGAGCUUUGAAGAAAGUGAUUAGUGCCUGGCCAGCUCCUCAGCUGGUGAAAAUGGGGAAAGCUCCACCCAUUGUCUUCAUUUACUCCCACUUAUGUUCUGGCCCCUCAUUCUCAGGUCUAACAAUGAUGCUGACCAUUCUUCCUCCUCCGGUGGGUAUCUCCUGCUUUGGUGAACUACACUCCAGACAGGUUGAAAGUGAGAUGAAGGACAGAAGAGAUGCCAAACAACAAGCUAUUUCCCAUUCCAAAAACAAUGAUGGGCCAGAUCCUGCAAGAUGCUGAGCAGCUCGAUAUAGCAACCUCAGAGGGAAAAUAAUUCAGAACAGGCACCUGCUCUGCAGCUAGCGUAAAUGGGCACAGCACCCAUUACUCCAGGGGAAUAGCACCCAUUUAUACCAGCUAGGAUCCAGCCUUUGGUGUUUGCAAACAGUUUGCUGGAGGGAGCUCUGAAAAUCACCCCUGCUGUCUGGUAACUCAUCCCAGCAGCACGGCACCUCAGAGAAUAUUUACAUAAUUCUAAGAAAACAAUUUUUGACCACUUAAAACUCCCCAAAUUUCCCCCUUUCAAUAAUGAACCGUAAUUUGCCAAGAAACAAACAUACAAUAAAGAAUCGGAAAAAGACCCAACCUGGGAGCCCUCCUUGUGAGCCCAGGCAUAUUACCGCUGGCCUGACAGGAAGCUGCUGAGACACAGCCUUGCUUUUGAAUAUUUAGCAUGAACAUCCUAGGUGAACAGAUGCAUGGCCUGUCCAUACAGCCCUUACUUAUGCUGGUGAACACUUACUUCAUUGAAGAGACUAAUGCCUGUGAAUAAAGUGCACACCCACAUGUGAAAGGAUUCCACAGGCCAGCUCCCGUAGUCCUAACAGGACUGUGUGAACUAAGGAGCUUUUGAUAUACAGAAAAAUCACCUGGUUAGCUGACAUAGCUCACAUCUAUGUGGGUUGAGCAUGGAGGGCCUGGUUCUUGCUUACUUCCAUUAUUAUAAAUUCACAAUGUAAGUCAUUGUGAAAUUGAAAAAAUACUUUGGAGCCAAGGCUUUGGAACCAGUUCAGUAGUUCCAAUAUGCGGUAAAUUGGUAUAUUUUUAUGCAUCAGAGCAGACAUCUGAAAUUAAACCAGUGUCACAGGCUAGAAUCAGACUGAGUUGCAAACAGAUAUUGAUACUGAAACCCGGCAUGGUGAUGGUUUACCUAAAUAGCUAUUUGUUGUAUAAUCAGAUUAUCUGAGGCCACUUUUCUGAUAGCAUUAUUUGAAAUCACAAACGGUGUAUAUACAGCAGUGUUGGGAUUUCAUAAGCAAUCCAAAGCUGUGGAAUACUAUGGAGAUGAAACCUUUACAUAUGCAAAAGGCUCAUGGGAUGCAGGGUUGUUCUGUUUUGUUGAACUUGGAAAAACUGAAACUGGGUAUGGGUUGAGCAAAAGACAUAUUACUCCUUAAUUGGAUACCUACAGGCCUGAUUGCUCUAUCAUAUUUGUAUCGAUCAGGCGUACCGCCACUGAAAUCAAUAGAGCUACCCUAGUAUAAAAUGAGUGCAAGCGAGAGCAGAAUCAGGCCCAUACUGUGCACAUAAACUGAGGAGAGAUCACUCCAUUGGAGAUUUGACCUGGCAAUCACAAUAUCACUUUAUCCUUUCUGCUUGACCCUCACUGCCAGCCUUUCCACAGUUAAUUUACAUUUAUUUGCACUAAAACAGGGCAGGCUACCUCUCUCACACCUGAUGUCCUGAAUCUGUACAAAUUCUCUUUUCAUUUAUAAAAAUGAAUACAGCUGUAUAGAAGUCAUUGUGAAAUUGAAAAAAUACUUUGGAGCCAAGGCUUUGGAACCAGUUCAGUAGUUCCAAUAUGCAAUAAAUUGGUAUAUUUUUAUGCAUCAGGACAGACAUCUUCAGUGAUGAGAAUUGUUGUCAGCUGUUCCAGGAAUAUUAAAUGGCCAGAAUACUGUACUUUUUUAUUGCAACAUGUGCAAUUCACUUUAUGUUCUUGUGCACUUUUUUGUACAAAAGCUUUUUCAAUCGUUUUAUUAUUUUUUGCCAUUAUUUAUAAAAAUAUAGUGUGGGUUUAAUAUUUUACAUUUGCAUUAUGUUUUAGCAAAUGGUGGCUUUCCGGUGUUAUGUUUUUCAGCUUCUAAACAAAAUGCAAAUAAACUAACAUUCUAAAAUGUUACCUGCUGCACUGAGGACCUAGACAAAGAGGUAUCUGGGGAAAGUUUGAACCAAUCGAAGCAGUGAUAAGUAAUAAUCUAAACAGUAGUCACAGGAAGAGGAGACUUGUAUUGCUGGAGGAGAGGUUGUAGCUUCCCAGAAGACUUAAGAAGAAUGUCUCACACAAACCUCUUCA